UGGUCCCGGGAAUCGAACCCACUAUGCUCUACCAACUGAGCUACCGGUGACCACUUACUGCCUACAUUCUCCAUUCCCACUCCACACUACCUUAGUACUAUUAAUUAUGAAUUAUUAUUCACCAACUGGAAAGUAUUCUGACUGGUGAAAUACACAGGUGAUAUAGCUUAUGGUUCAUUGUGAUCAUGUUACCUGUCAUGGUAUUAUAAACCUGUUGUUGUUGUAGGCUCUGCAUUCCUACCAGUAUGACUCUGUGAUGAGACGACUGAUGAACCAGCUCAACUUCUACAUCAUGCCAGUCUUCAACGUUGACGGAUAUCACUUCAGCUGGACUACGGAUCGUUUCUGGAGAAAAACCAGGUCCAAAAACGCCAAGUACCACUGCAGAGGUGUUGACGCCAACAGGAACUGGAAAGUCAAGUGGUGUGAGGAGGGUGCAUCCUCCCAGCCCUGUGAUGACACGUACUGCGGACCCUUCCCCGAGUCCGAGCCGGAGGUCAAGGCGGUUGCCAAGUUCCUGCGGAAGCACAAGAAGCGUGUCAAGGCCUACAUCUCCAUCCACGCCUACGCCCAAAUGUUGCUCUACCCCUACUCCUAUAAAUACGCCACCAUCCCUAACUUCAACUGUGUGGAGUCAGCUGCACACAAUGCAGUGACUGCCCUGUACUCUGCCUAUGGAGUGAGGUAUAGAUAUGGACCUGCCUCCACCACACUGUAUGUCAGCUCAGGCAGCUCCAUGGACUGGGCCUAUAGGAACGGGAUCCCUUAUGCCUUUGCCUUUGAACUGCGGGACACAGGCUACUUUGGCUUCCUGUUACCUGAAGCCCUGAUCAACCCCACCUGUACUGAGACCAUGAGAGCAGUGAAGACCAUCUCAUCAGGCCUACUGAAGAAGUGUGAGACAGGGAUGCAUCAGCUGGACAGGGAGCGAUAUCCAUAUCUCUGAGAUAUACAGACAAUUAUCUCUGCAUCUGUAAUCUACGGGCGGUGGGUUAUUGUGUCAAAAAGGAUUAUGCAAGCCUUAAAGGGAUAGUUCGGGAUUUUAUCUACUUACCUAGAGUGAGAUUAAAAUGUUUAUGUAUCUGCAUGCAGUUUGAAAGAAGUUACUAACUAGUGUUAGGGCAAUUGCUAACUUGCUUUAGCGCAAUGACUAAGUCUGGGAACAGCUUGCAUGCUAGCUGUUCCUAUAGACUUCCAGUCAUUGCGCUAACGCUAAUUAGCAUUGGCUCUUGAAAUGAUCUCUAAUUUCCUUCAUAUUGGAUGUAGAUACAUAAAAAUCCCGAGCUAUCCCUUUAAUGUUUAUCCAAGAGUGGUCACACUCCCUUUUAUGUCUGUAUGUUAGAGGCUAUAAUAGUGGUACUUGAAAAUGACCUCAAACAAUUAUUUAGAUGUCAGAUGACAUAACUUCACCUUGUACUAUAAUAACUCGACUAUCUACAAAGUGUACAGUGGACAUAAGCACUUGAAUGCCAUUUUCAAGAGACUGAUAUUGCAUUUCACAGCACUUUUUUAAAACCAAGACUUUCUCCUGAACUUACUGUUUUCACCCUUCAAAACUUCACUGUCUGGAGCACCACCAGCUAACUGCUCUAGAUGUCUUCCAAAUGUAUUUUACAUUAAUUGUGAUAGAACAUCAGCUUAUUUAGCACAUUUAGUUUCUAUGGUACAAACAACAAGAAUGCCUAUAGUAUCAUUAAAGGGAUUGUUCACACAAAUUACAAAAUGACAUAUUGGUUUCCUUACCCUGUAAGCAGUCUAUGGACAAGGUAUGACAGCACUCAAAGUUUUAGUUUUGUUAGCUGGCCAGUGUUUUGAAAUACUAACUUUUAUCUAAUGCAAGUCAAUGGUACAUAUAUUAACAUUUUCACGCUUCAUCUCCAAGUCUCCACUAAAGCAAAAAAAGUUAGCAUUUGAAACAGUGGCCAGUUAUACAAAACCAAAGCAUGGAUUGCUGUCAUACCUUGUCCAUAGACUGCUUACUUGGUGAGGAAAUGUGUCAUUUGAGUGAACUUUUCCUUUAACAAACUGCCUUCAAAUGGACUUUACAUCUCUUUAUGCUUUUCAGUUGCUGACUUAUAUAGUCAGUGUAAAGGACACAUUUCUAUCAUUUUUUAAAGAGGAAAUGUUUACUUUUGAUAGAAAGUGCCCAGGACAUUUACUGAAUUGUAAUAAAUGGUAUUUCUUUUUUA